GCGCGGCGCCUUCUGUGCUCUGUUUUGCAGAUUUUGAGGAAAAGCCAGAGAAAUGCCGCUUGGGCUAAUAAUGGGACUAGGAAGGGCAUUUCGUCAAAAGCGAACGGCAUCUCUUGACAUUCUUUCCCCCAAACGAGCCCCAAGGAAUUUUUACAAGGGCAAGAACUGCAAGCCCACUGGUUUCCACACCCGAAAAGGUGGAUACGUUGUGGUGCAGGACAAACUACCCAACUAUGUAGUCCCUGAUUUAACUGACUUCAAGCUCAAACCAUAUGUAUCUCAGUGCCCCAAAGAGGUUAAGACAGCAGAAUCAGCCGGAGCAACUAAAUAAGCAAAUGAGGGCCAAGUAUCUGAUCUUUACUUAUUGUUGUAAUAGGAAAUUAAGCAAGUCAUGUUCAUAGAUUUUGUCUUGGUGAUCAUAAAGGGUACAAGACUAGUAGGUAUAUUCCAUGUAGACCUUUUUUUGUUUUGAAAUAUCCAUGUAGACCUUCUUGCUUGAAGGUAUGAGCCUUAAAAACUUUUCAAGUUAUAAGAUUCCUUGGUCUAAGUGUUGC